AAAAGUGCUUGUCUAAUCAAUAGUGGAAAAGACUUCAACAAUGUUUCUUAUUCCUCAACCCUCCUUUCCCUGUUCCUUCUUCGUCAGUUUAUUCGCCCCUUCUGGAGUCUGUUCCCUGUUCCUUGGAUGGAACAUCCGUUGUGCGCGUCGUCGAAGACAGGUCUUCAGUGGCCUUUAGAAUACAAGGAAGGGGCAGCCAAACAAAAAUCGAACGGACCGAAAAGAAGCGAAGCGCAACAUGUAAAAACAACUGUCGAGGAAAAUGAAGGCCAACGGAACAAGGGUGGUUUGUGGCCUUUUGGUCAAGAGAGUGUCAUGAACCAGCGGUGUUAGUGCUGUUCAAGCAGGCAAUUUGUCACUGGGUUUCGGAAGUGAAUUCUAUAAAUGUGUGUGCUUUAAGUUCCAAAUUGUGUGGACCAAUGAUUAACUUAUCGGUGAGAAGAAUCUACUAGCAUCUUUACAAGAAGCUUGUGCAUGUAAAUGGUUAAGUCAUGGAGCUCGAAGCAUUCCAAAUCCCAUGUCUACUUUUCCAAGGUGAUUCCUAACAGUGUUGAGCCACUCUCAUCGAGCCGCCACAUUCUCAGCCAUUCUCGAGAUUGAGCAUCUUGACACAGAGUGGUAGAUUACCCAGCAUCUGGAGAAUAUGGUUGGAUCCUGGUGUCUCCGUGAUCUUCUGGAUUGGCCGACGACCUUCGAGGAUCAAAGCCUCAACGUUCUGAUCCAAUUGCUUUUCGUGGAAAUGGCCGGGAAGAAGGGUCCUCCAGAACCUGAAUGGAAGAACUCUAUCAUGCUAAGGGAGGGUAAACACGUACCUUUGCCGCCGAUCAUCGCACCAACACGAAGUCUGCGAGACAUCCUCAAGAUUGACCUCAAGACCUUAAAAGAAGAGCGGAUCAAAAAAGGACUGAUGAAAGAGAACAAUCGAGUGAUUUAUGCCCGGAAGGUGGGAGAAGAAGCAGCCACUGGCCAAGUUUUGGAUGGGGAGCCCAUCGAUUAUGAGUCAGCUUGUAAAAUCAAAGAGUUAGCGUGGGGUUCCUCCAAUAUGCCGCCCAAACCUGAGUGGUUGAAACAAGGCAUCGUCUUCCGACCAUGUGAUCAGCUGUUUGCUUAUGGCCUCAAAACUCAUAAGAAUGGCACCAAGAACUUCCUCAUCAGUCUUCAAGCGUACUUCUUGAAGCAGCUGCUGUUUGAUAUGAAGAAAACUGGAGGAGCCAAGUCCAAAGACGAAUCAUCGACCAAGCGACAAAAGAAUAAGAACACAAGAAAUCUGCACAUCGGACAACUUUCAACGUUGGACCAAGAUCCAUUGAUAACAUCGACAGGUUCCAUUCAAAAAUCAAAGCACAAACCCGCCAAAACAUCCCUCAGCACAAUAUUUAGCUCUGGUUCACGUAGUCGACCCCAACCUACGGAGAAGUGCAAAGGUCCGUCUAUGGCCCAAUUAUUAAAGCCUGGAGAGAAAAUCCAACAAGAAAUGCUGGUGGGGGGUUUGGUGGAAUUACUCUCCAAAAUUGCAGAUGGUAAGGAGACCGUCCUCUGUCUUCCUGGACCCGACAAUUGCUUCCAGCCCACUGCUCAUUUUGGCAUUGAUGGGAUAACAGAGAAGCUGCGAGUUAUGCGUUGCUCAAAAGACGAAGAACUGAGAACAUAUGUCAAGAAAUACUCUGCAACGCUCAUGCAAGAGAACGGAAUCGGACUUAUAUCUGUGCUGUACAGUGUGAUAUUAACGAGAAAUUUUAACAGGUUAGCUUACGACUUGCAGGACCAAGCCACUAAUUCAUUGAUUGACCCAAUUGGUGACUGUACCACGGGACUUCUCAACCUAAUCAUCACGGGCAGGGCCAACCCCUAUCUUCAUAAUGGCAUCAUGGUCGUAGAGGAUGAAGAUAAUGAAGAAUCCGAAGAGUUCUCCGGUGAGGAACGUCGCGGUAUGGAAACGCGGAAUGAUAUUGGCUUCCUUAUUUGGGAUCAAGACGAAGAAACGACCAAUCGAUUCCACCUGGGUUCCCGCCUCAAAACUCCAACUCUUCCCAUAUGGAUAACAAGGUGUAACGGACAGUUUGGGGUGUUGUUCAACCCUAACAGAGAGUUAAUGAGGUCAUAUCAUGCAGAAAACAGGUUUCAGCUGUACUACUACAGCGAUGCCGAGAUGAAGAAAGGCGAAUACAAGGAGACCCUCCUCACCAUCGACACCAGAAACGUGGGCAAUCAAGUCGUCGUGGACCCGAGUGAAACUGAAUUUGAAGAAGCACCACCCCCGCCAUUGGAAAAGGCUAUUCAGACCAAAUGGGAGGGCAGCACCAUUGAUUGGGGUGGAAUCACCCCCUAUAUAUGAGAUGUCUGGAACACUCUCUCUCGCUCUCUAGCUGUCUCUCUUUCGAUCUCCAAGUAGUUUAAGGAAAUCAAGAAAUCCAACCUAGAUCCAGCAAGUACUCCAAUGCUCCAUACAACGUACUAUAUCACUACUACACUACUACUACUCUUACUACCACCAUCAUACCAAAGCGAGUCCAACUCGUUAUCAUCAUCAUCAUCAUCAUCAUGAUUCUUUCAUCGCCAUCACUACUACUCCUUAUCGCAUGAUUGAUUAGUAGUUGUUUUAACGAUGAAUAUUUCUAAUAACUUGACCGAGUAACUGAGUACUAAGCACAACAAGCGAACACGAUGAAUUCUUUUUUUCUGGA